GUUAAUUUUCAAUACGUUACUCAAAAUGUUUAUUGUGUAAAUUUCAGUCUUUUUCUUUGUGUGAGUACCUUUCUUUCCCUUUCCUUGAUCUUUUCAACCCAUUCCCUUCUUUUUUCUUUCAUUUUAUGAUUUUUGAUUUAUGAUAAAAAGGAAAAUAAAACUUUAUUUCAUUCAUUUCCUUUUAGUCGUUUUCAUUGCCCUUACAUGCAUUCAUCUCGUAGAAGCUAAUGUUCGACAACGAGAUGUUGCCAUGCCAACAAGUAUAAAUAAUGGACAUGGAUCAAUUUAUACUUUGAAAAAAAGGGCAGCGGAAGAUGAAGAAGGCAACAGUGAAGAUACAACCAAAGCGUCUGAAAAGGAAGCAAAGAAAGCUUCUGAUAAGGACAAUGAAACCAAAAAAUCCACCAAAACAAAGCCGACUUCUACUGAAAAGCACACUUCAACAGAAAAACAUACUUCGACCGAAAAGCACACUUCAACCGAAAAGCACACUUCGACUGAAAAGCACACUUCGACUGAAAAGCACACUUCGACUGAAAAGCACACUUCGACUGAAAAGCACACUUCGACUGAAAAGCCGACAAGUAGUAAGCACACUACCACUGAGAAGCCGACGACUACUGAAAAGCAUACCAAGACCAGUAAGCACGCGACUACUGAGAAACCGACAACAAGCAGUAAGCAUACUACUACCGAGAAGCACACUACAACUGAAAAGUCGACCACAAGCAGUAAGCAUACAAUUACUGAGAAGUCGACAACAACAAAAAAGCAUACAGCUACUGAAAAGUCUACGACUUCCAAACAUGAGUCAACUUCCAGUAGCACGCACAAGGAAACCAGCACUGCUACUCACAAGUCAACAGUUACUGAGAAGCCGAGCACCUCUUCCAAGAAGGAAACAACAACGACUAAAAAAGAAACAACUACAGAUAGUCCAGCUCCCACUACCCACAAGUCUACUGAGAAACCAAGUACGGCGACCCACAAGAGUACUACAACCACUGCUGAGAAAUCAACGACUACCGAACACAAGUCAACUUCUAGCACACACAAGGAAACACCUACGACUUCCUUGCAUAAAUCGUCCAGUACUACCACCGAAAAGCACACUACAACUGAUAAGCCUAGCGAGAGUCAUAGCACAAAAACAAGCACAGUAACCUCCCACAAAGAGACUACAACCAGCAGCGAGAAGGCUACGCCUACUACUCAUUCCAAGUCCCCAGUUUCCAGCAGCAAGGACGCUACAGCUACGACUCAUCAUACUACAACUAGUAGUAGCAAGGAGCCCACCACAACUCAUCACAGUAGUAGCAGUAGUAGCAGUGAAAAACCUACGCCUACCACUCACUCGACAACUGCAGUUUCUAGCAGCAAGGACUCUACCACGACUCACCGUACUACAACUAGUAGUAGUAAGGAGUCCACCACAACUCAUCACAGUAGUAGCAGUAGUAGCAGCAAAGAGCCUACACCUACCACUCACUCGGCAACUACAGUCUCUAGCAGCAAGGACUCUACAACUACAUCUAAUCAUUCCACAACCAGUAGCAGUAAAGCUCCCACUACAACGUCUCACCAUUCAACGGUCAGUAGUACCAGUAGCAGCGAAAAACCUACAUCUACCACUCAUUCUACAACCUCAAUGUCCAGCAGCAAGGAUUCUACAACCACAGAAUCACACACACGCACUAGUACAACCACUGCUACUAACGAGCCUACGACCACUGAUCGGGGAAUGCCUACUACGACUGAUAGCAGCUCUACCAGAUCUGAAACGACAUCCUCCAGCACAUCAACAAGCGGCCGUUCUACAACUACAAUAGAACCUACUGCAACAGCAACUACAACAUCGUCAGAUGAUAAUACGACCAAGAGCAGCAGUACUUCUGGUUCCACAAGCGCAGCUUCUGAUGUAACAACUUCUACGCCUACAAGCGCCACUACUGGUAGCUCAACUGUAACUGAUACCGAUACACCUACUCCUACUAUUAGUAGUAGUAAAGGACCAACGUCAACUGAUGACAGUAGCUCAUCCACUCCAACGCCAACUGAUACCGACAGUACUACAAAGGGCAUCAGUUCGACAACUACUGGCAACAGCGAGACACCUACACAAACUACUAGCACCAAGGAACCAACGUUAACUGAUAGUAGCAGUUCGUCCAGUCCCACUCCUACUAGUUCUAAUGAUAGCACUACGAAAGAUACUAGUUCAACAAUGACCAGCGCCACUGAAAGUACUACGAAAGAUACUAGCUCAACAACUGGUAGUAGCGAUACAGCCACUCCAACGUCAACCCAUGACAGCACGCCUACUCCAACGCCUACUGACAACACAACUACUGAUAGCUCAUCGACAUCAAGUGAUAAAAGCACAGAAACGCCUACUGCUACUACCAAGGGUGAAACUACUACAACCGGAGACAGUAGCUCGUCGAGCCCCACAGCUACUAUCAGCGGGGACAGUACUACCAAGGACACCAGUUCGACAACAAAGGAGACUAGCUCAACGAUGACCGGUAGUACUGAUACGCCUACACCAACUACAUCUGAUACCAGUCAAACAACUUCGAGCUCCAGUACCAAUGAAACCUCCAAGCCCACACCAGCGCCUUCUAGCUCUACACCAACGCAGACUUCUACCGAUGACAGUCGAACAAUUACAGCGACGUCAGACACCUCAUCUACCACUAGCGAUUCAUCCACUACAGAGAGUCCAUCGCCAACAACUCAUGAGUCUACCAAAACGACGAGCUCUGAAGAAACGCCUACCAGUACUGAUAGCAGCUCGACCAAGGAACCUACACCAACAACUACUGCAGACUCAACUACAAGUACAGACAGUACAAGCACUGAGACUUCUACUGGCAGUAGCAGUUCUACGGAAAAGGAAACGCCUACUGCCACUGUUACCACCAACACAAGCAGUAGUAAUGAAACUCCUAGUACACCUACUCCUACGAGCACUGAAACAAGUUCAUCUACCACUGAAUCAACAGCUACUUCUACCGAAAAGACGACAGCGACAACUGAAUCAUCUACUACGGAUACUGUAACUAAGACGGCAACUGAAAGCAGCUCUACUGAAACAUCAUCCAGCACAAAUACUGAUUCUUCAACGACUGAUAGCACAGAAACAACAACAACGACAGCUACUACUACUACUACUACUACUACUACUACUACUACUACUACUACUACUACUACUACUACUACUACUACUACUACUACUACUACUACUAGCCCAACGACCACAACAACAACAACUGAUGCAAAGAGUAGUAGUAGCAGUACAUCCACCAUGUUUGUUCCUACGUCAACUUACCGAUACCAGACGCUCUCUUGGCUGACUGCUCCUUUCAGUAUUCCACCAGCAUCCAACAGUCCAUCCCCUGCAACACCUUCUCCCACCCCUACUUCUGGUAGCAUUCCUGAGUACAUUGCACCCAAUGUAGAUGCCAUCAUUCCAUCUACAAGCUCAUAUGUUACUAUGAAAUUCUUGCGCCUGUCUUAUACUCAAAUGGUUCACGAUGCUGUGCUCACGGCUCAAUUUGUUCAAACACUGCCUGUAUACAUCAGUAAAUCACUCAACAUCUCUACCGAUGAUGUGAUUGUUGUCACUAUCACUAGUGCUCCCGCCGCAAACAAGAGAAAGAGAAGCACAGAUAGUGAUGAUGGCGUGGUCGUAUCUAUGGCUAUUCCCUCUGAUGAGGUACCUAAACUUCAAGACAUGAUCAAGAAUCACAACUCGACGCUUUACUCCCCAAGUAACGGUCAACUAGCAAGUUUGGUGGAUCCAAGCUAUUUUGUGGCUAACACCGCAACCUCUGGCAAUGUCUCCAGUCGUCAAAGCGUCGAUGACCCCAAUAGUCCCACCAGUUCAUCAAGUUCAGGAGGUGGUCUUUCCAAGGGUGCGCUCAUCGGUAUCUGUGUCUCUGUGGGUAUUAUUGUGUAUGCUGCAGCUACUGUGGUCGUUUACAAGGUCUAUCAACGAAAGAAGGCAGCCAAAGAACAGCAAGCGAUGGCAGAGCAUGAGAUUUUUGCACAGAGUAUCUCGGAACCUAUCAUGCAGGAUAACUCACUGGGAUGGAAUAAUUCACACAUGAUUCCCCAACCACCACAUCUUGCUCAGUACCGUCACUAUGGUAACGCAAGUGGAAGUAAUCACCAGUGGUAA